CGCGGCGCUCCUCAUUCCAGGCAGGUGCAGGUGAUUACCGGAGUCCGGACCGUGCCCGCCUUCAGUCCGGGAGCUCGUCACGGCAGCUCGUUCUGCGUCGAGGAGCCGCGGAGCCUCCGUGGAACCAGGAUGCUUUUCCCGCCAGCCUCACCCGUGAUGACCGCCGCGCACACCUGCUGACUCCGCUUCAACCAUGGAGGAACGCAAGAGCCCGCUGGCCGCGUGCUGGCAGAACUUUCUGGCUUGCUUUAAAAGGCCGGGUCAGACUGAAAACGCGUCCAAACGCGAGGAGAAAGGAGCCACGGUGAUAGCGAACCCCAUCGCUCUGUCAUCCAAGGACCCCAACUCUACCGGGGAAAGACCCCUGCCCCCCCUGCCGGGGAAGACCGGCGGGGAGUAUUAUGUGGCUCUGUACGACUACUCCGCGAGAACCGCCAACGACCUGAGCUUCAACAGCGGGGACACCCUAGAGGCGCUGGACAAGCGCACGGGGGAGUGGUGGCUGGCCAGGGCCCUGACCGGGAUCUCUGCCUCCAAGCAGGGCUACAUCCCCGCCAACUAUGUGGCCCCUGUGGAGAGCAUCAACGCAGAGCCGUGGUAUUUUCCGGACACUAAGAGGCUGGAUGCUGAGAAGAUGCUGCUGGCUGAAGGGAACUCUCAUGGAGCUUUCCUCAUCAGAGACUGUGAAAGUCAGAAGGGAGAUCUGUCCCUGUCAGUGUUGGACAGUGGGAAGGUGAAACAUUACAAGCUGAGAAAAGCCACUAACGGCGACUUCUAUGUGUCCAAGAACAAAUCCUUUCCCAAUUUGAAAGAGUUGGUGGAGUUCUACUCCAAGCAGCCUGACGGGCUGUGCGUGCGUUUGGGCCAGCCAUGCAAAAAGAUGGAGGCCCCGCAGACCUUUGGGCUGUCCUACAACACAGUGGACAUCUGGGAGAUCGAUCGCAGCUCCAUCAAAAUGCUGAAGCGGCUGGGAGCCGGCCAGUUUGGAGAAGUGUUCGAGGGCCUGUGGAACAACACCACGCCUGUGGCUGUGAAGACCCUCAAACCCGGCUCGAUGGAUCCAGAGGACUUCCUGAGGGAGGCUCAGAUCAUGAAGAAGCUACGGCACCCGAAGCUCAUCCAACUGUACGCCGUCUGCACGUUGCAGGAGCCCAUCUACAUCAUCACGGAGCUGAUGAAGCACGGCAGCCUGCUGGACUAUCUGCAGAAUGAUAAAGGUGUCACUUUGGGCAUCUCGGACCAAAUCGAGAUGGCCGCUCAGGUGGCGUCCGGCAUGGCGUAUCUGGAGCUGCAGAACUACAUCCACAGAGACCUGGCAGCCAGGAACGUUCUGGUGGGGGAGAACAACGUCUGCAAGGUGGCAGACUUUGGCCUUGCUAGGGUCUUCAUGAAAGAAAGUGAAAACGUGUAUGAGGCCAGGGAGGGAACCAAGUUUCCCAUAAAGUGGACCGCACCAGAGGCCAUGCAUGAGAACCGAUUCACCAUCAAGUCUGAUGUCUGGUCCUUUGGCAUUUUGCUGUAUGAGAUCAUGACGUUUGGGCACAUGCCUUAUCCAGGAAUGUCCAACGUUCAGGUGAUUCAGAAAAUCCCUACGGGCUACAGGAUGCCCUGCCCCCCCAACUGCCCCAAGAUACUGUAUGACAUCAUGGUGGAUUGCUGGAAGGAGAACGACCAGGACCGGCCUACGUUUGAGACCCUGCAGUGGAAACUGGAGGAUUAUUUUGAAAUGGACAUGAACUCCUAUGAUGAUGCUAGCCGUUAUUAGAAAUGAAGUUAUCUGUAGGCCUAAUUACACUGAAUCUAUAGCAGGUUCAUUUCAGACCCUCCGGGAAAUUUGAGAUGAAGGAUAGAAGGAUUCAUGCUGAAUCUGACGCACAGAGACUGGUUAAAGCAGCAGUUCAUGCCAGCAUUCCUGCUCUUAUGUAGAAACUGAAUGCAGUUCCAGACCAACAGAAUGUCUUUCCCCAUACCUGAAGCAUCGACACAAAGUGUGUCUAUCUGUGGAUCUGGAGCAACAGGUUCUGUUGGUUUCUGGCAUUGUGCACAUUCUUUCCACUGGUGACGAGUCAGACGGCUUCAGGAAGCCUUUUGAGAGAAUGGAGGCUGGGUUCACUUUAACCUUCACCACGUUUGAGCACUGGCUCUGUCCCGCCAAAUCCUGCAGGAAAAGAAAGAAUCGCUUGAGUUGAUGUUAACAAGAAAUUUCCGAUCACUUGUGGCGAUGAAGUAAAAAGAAUCAUACAGAUGUAAGCCUUUUGUGAUGCCAAUGAUCACAUCCGCUGAUUUGGAUGAAUCUGUUGACAGAGUUCAGGUGAAUCUCCACCUUUGUGCUUCGUCUGCAGCAUGUCUGCCCACUGCACCACAGCGCCGCACCCACCGAGGAUUGAUGCUUCAUUUGUGUGUGAACUGCACUCCCCCCACUGUCCUUCAUCUGCUGUUUUUAAUGUUCUGGAUCUUUAAUUGUGUUUGAGAGCUAGAAAAAUGUUAAUGUGAAUACGUGUUUUAACUUAAUUACCAUAAUAUGAUUAAAUUACUUUUAAUAAGCAGUA